CAACUAACUUAAAAGACUUUGAACAAAACAAAAGGAGUUGCUAUAUGUCUCAAGUACAUGCAAAGCAUGGAAGGUGAUAUGUUCCUGGUCAAAUUGAAGAGGGAAAGAGAAAAUAAAACAUUAAAACGCAUUUAUUUAAAGAUAGAUAAAGACAGAGAAAAAUGAAUUCUUGAAACCACCCAUUGAAGUUACCUUAAAAACCACGCUUCUUUGCUCUCCAAAAACCACUAUUUAUACAGUUCUAUUGCUCAACACAUUUUUUUUUCUCUAAACAGUUAGCACCACCUUUCUGUUUUUGUUUAUUUAAAAUAGGCUUCUCUUUGUUUUUCUCUUCAAAUCUUACACUUCUAAUCAGCUUACUCAUUUUCUUGAUAAUUCUAUAUUAAGAUAUUUGGUUUUCUUGUUUUUGUCGCUUUCAAAGAUUAAAGCUUUUAGAGCCCAUUUGGGGUUUUGGACAAUUUCUUGUGGUGAAGUUGUUAAUAGCAAGAAAGUAUUUGGUUUGAUCAAAAAUUUGGAAGGUAUGGAAAACAAUUCCAUGGUUAGUAGAGAUGAUGAGGAGAUGGAAUUGCCUCCGGGAUUUCGAUUUCACCCUACUGAUGAAGAGCUAAUAACUCAUUAUCUAUCUCAAAAAGUUAUUGAUAACUGUUUUUCUGCUAGAGCCAUAGGAGAAGUUGAUUUAAACAAGUGUGAGCCUUGGGAUUUGCCUUGGAGAGUCAAAAUGGGUGAAAAAGAAUGGUACUUUUUCUGUGUUAGAGACAGAAAAUACCCAACUGGUUUGAGAACAAACAGAGCCACUGAUGCUGGUUAUUGGAAAGCCACAGGCAAAGACAGAGAAAUUUAUAAGGGUAAAACCCUUGUUGGAAUGAAGAAGACUUUGGUUUUUUAUAAAGGGAGGGCUCCUAAAGGAUCAAAAACCAAUUGGGUGAUGCAUGAGUAUAGAUUAGAAGGAAAAUCUUCAGUUUAUAAUAUUCCUAAAACAGCUAAGAAUGAAUGGGUUAUUUGUAGAGUUUUCCAGAAGAAUUCUGGAGGAAAGAAAACUCAUAUUCCAGGGUUGGUGAGGUUAAGCUCUUAUGGAAACGAAUUAAGGCCAACUCUAUUGCCUCCAUUAAUGGAUUCUUCUUCACCACAUCAAAGUGAGACCGGGAAUAAUGGAGGCAAUACAUCUCACGUGACCUGCUUCUCCAAAUUCAUGGAGGUCCAAAAACCCCGAGAAUACACUUUUGCUGAUAACUUCAACAAAAAUUCUUCUUCUAUCUUGGCUUCUUCAUCUCCUCCAAAUAUAUCCCCUGUUUCAGCUCUAUUUUCAAAAUCCUCUGUUCCUAACUACUCCUACUUUUCACAGAUUUCACCAAACUUUGCAAAUUUGCAUUACCCAGAUUCUGUUUUGAUGCAAGAACAAUCAAUCUUGAAGAUGCUACUUGAAAACCAAGGACCAAACAUGAGGCAUAAUUCGAAAAUGGAAAUUUCACAGGAUACUGGACAUAGUCCUGAUAUGUCUUCUGUUGUAAUCAACCCUGAAAUGAUUCAUAGGUCAUUUGAGGAUCAAGAAGCUCCAUCAAGUUCUGUUGGACAAGUUGACCUUGAUUAUCUAUGGAGUUAUUGAAGAUCAAAAAAAAAAAAAAAAAAAA